AUGACUGGUCACACAUAUCCAUGUGCCCUCGUUCAAUGGUUUCAUUGGAUUGUAGAGGAGCGAGACAAGCUCACAGGCAUGUGGAUGGUGGUGCCAUUUCUCAAUGAGGAUGGCUCUCAUGACUUGUCAAUUAUCCAUAUUGACAGUAUUAUCCAUGGUGCUCACCUACUCCCAAUAUUCAGUACUCAGUUUGUGCCUCAGGGCCUUCAAUUUCAUGAUUCUCUAGAUGCCUACCAAGGAUUCUAUGUUAAUCAUUUUAUUGACCAUCAUGCUUUCGAGUUGGUGUCUUAA